UAGCUUUUUUCUACAGAAAUAAACCUCCUUGAUACAGACAGGAGAGACAGUACCCGCACUGACUGUAAACGCAACAACGGUUCUUCGGUUUAUGGAGGUCGUGUAGGUGAAUAGGACGGUUUCAUUCGAUUAAACAGAGAACAAGCUAAGUGACCGCUUAAACAAAACUAAAUUGUCAGCAUUUGUAGAUUGCCAGGUCUAAGAGGGGGACUCGAAACUAGCUAGCCAGUGCUAGCUAACAUAGAGGCUAACUGAAAGUGUCAGCCCAGUAGCUAGAUUAAACAGCUAGGAACACUGUCAGGUGUACAAAGAAGGGAAAACUUUUUUGGGGGGAAAAAACAACAAACAAACAAACAAGGUUUCAAAGAGUCAUUGAGAAAUCUCUUUAUUUAGCGUUAGAUAAUAUUUAGUACUUCCUCAGCUAGGUGACGUUGAAGAGCGGUGAUGGACUUUGUUGCUGGAUGCAUCGGAGGUGCUGCCGGAGUCUUGGUUGGACACCCAUUUGACACAGUAAAGGUGAGGCUGCAGGUCCAGAGUGUUGAUAAGCCACUGUACCGCGGGACCUACCACUGUUUCCAAUCCAUUAUACGCCAGGAGUCGGUAUUUGGUUUGUAUAAAGGCAUUGGAUCCCCUAUGAUGGGCCUUACCUUCAUCAAUGCUAUAGUGUUUGGUGUUCAGGGAAACACCAUGCGUCUACUGGGACAUGACACCCCCAUGAACCAGUUCCUUGCUGGUGCAGCAGCAGGUGCCAUCCAGUGUGUCAUCUGCUGCCCCAUGGAGCUGGCUAAAACCCGCAUGCAAAUGCAGGGCACUGGAGAGAAGAAAUCCUCUAAGAAGAUGUACAAAAACUCCCUGGACUGCUUGGCACGCAUCUACAACCGGGAGGGUCUGUGGGGAGUAAACAGAGGCAUGGUGACCACGCUGAUCCGUGAGACACCCGGCUUCGGAGUGUAUUUCCUGGCCUACGACGUGCUGACACGCAGCCUUGGUUGUGAGCCCGACGAUCGUUACAUGAUCCCCAAACUGCUGUUUGCCGGGGGCAUGGCUGGCAUUGCCUCUUGGCUCUCCACCUAUCCCGUGGAUGUGAUCAAAUCGCGGCUUCAGGCAGAUGGGGUGGGUGGAGUCAAACAGUACAGCAGCAUUGCUGACUGUGUGCGACAGAGCGUGAGGAGAGAGGGCUACAUGGUGUUCACACGAGGCCUCACCUCCACGCUGCUACGGGCCUUCCCUGUGAAUGCAGCUACCUUUGCCACCGUCACCCUCGUCCUCAUGUACGCUCGGGGUGUGGAGGAAGGACCACAAGACUGUGAGCCAGCUCAGCCAAGCCACCACACACAGAUCCAGCAGCAGGCCCAGCCCUCCAGCCUGUGACAGCACAGAGGUCGCAUCCUCAACCUGGGCACUUUACCAGAGCAUGGAAAGAUGAAAUAACCAUAUGAACCCUUUAUUACUGUCUGACUCAUUUUACACCAGUCAUUCCCAGUUUUGAGUCAGAAAAUACCUGGUUUAUUUAAAUGCUUGUUUUUACUUUCAUGUCAAAAGGAAAAAAGGAAAGACAUAUUUAUUUCAGCAAUAAUUUAUGUUGAGGUUUGCCUUUCGAAGAUGCAAACUUGUUAAGGGGAUGGUGUUUACUAAGAUGUGGAAAACUGAGCUAUGAAAUAUGACUUCAGUGAAAACUUUUAACAGCAGCUUUUAUGAAUAUUCUUUCCACUGACUUAGUCUUGUUACUGAGCCUCAAACCUGACUGCAAGGCUGGGUAGUGUGUACAGUCUAGACACUGAAAGUUGAUAUCUCUAUUAGAUAUAGCUUGAAAUGUGCAGCGUUUAACUGCACCUGUACAUAAAACGGAUUUUAAGUUCUUUUUUUUUUUGUAUGUUGGAAACGUGUUUCCUGCCUUAUAAUAUGAAAACGUUUAUUUUACUUUUUACUUUUAUUUUAAGGAAACUGAAGCACCUGAACUGUAUCGUCUGAAGAGCCAGGCAAGUGAGAGAGAAGGAAUGUAGCAUGUGAUAAGGCGCAGACCUUAUCACUUUUGUUUGCUUUCAAACCAAAAAAAAAACCCAUAUUGCAGCUAUAAUCCGAACAUCAAUAACACACAUGUUAAUAUCCAUCCUGGACAAAAAAUCAAGUGGUCUGAAGGGCUCUUCAGGGACUGACUGCAAAGUGUCUGUGUGUGAAUCUGGAUUGUAGGUGACCCUGUGUUUUACGUCUUGCUUGGUUGUCUGUUUGGCAUGUUGUGUUUUACCGGAUAAUGUGAAGUUUUAUCACUGUAACUUUACUGCUGUAUUAAAGACCGAAUCGAGAAGUAGAACAUGGCGCUACGUGGCACUGAACUUGUCCCAUUAUUUUAUUUUUGUACACGUUACAGCUAAAUAUGAGCUUUGAAUAUAUUUUAUAGCAGUACGUGAUGCUGUUAUUGCAAGGUCAGAACUUUUUGUUAAAUUUAAUAAUUUAAAGGGCCCAACAAAUGUCCCAGUAUUUAUUUAUAUUUAUAACCCUCAUUUGUUUCACUUGUCAAAUAUCAAUGUGUAACUGCAACCAUUGUCCCCCAGGGGCCGCUGUAGGUCCUUUGGGGGCAGUUAAAAAUCUUUUGGUGUUAUACAACCUGCAUUCGAGAAAAACUACGACUUCAACAAAAAGAAAAAAAAAAUCUCAGCUCACCAUUUGAGGGGUGAAAUUUUGAAUUGGCAGAGCCUCUAAAAUUUCCCUUAAAGUUAUAUCUUUUCCUUAACUUGAAAGAUGUUUAUUUUGUGUACCAAUAGUUGAUAUACUGUAUUUAACCAUCUGGAUUUGGGCUUGGAUGAGACUUAUUUAUUUGUUUAUGUUACUGUAUUAUUUAAAUAAUGUACAGGCGUUAGUAAUGAGUGGGAAUUGUCUGCUUUCUGCAUGUGUGGUCAGUAUUGUUUGACUUCCUCUGUAUUUUAUGCCUGGAUGUGUAAUUUCUCGCUGUCAAGCAAUCAAAAGUUUCUCCCCAGCAGAUACACUCCUGUCAGUUCUCAUAAAUGCAGUAAACCAUCAGUUCGGUUGAUAAUCUGCUCUGUCUAAAGUUGUAAAACUAGCAAUGAAUCAGACUGCGGUUACUGCUGUCAUUUGUUUAUGGAGACUUAUGUAUGAAUGGUUGGAGAGCAUGAAGUCAGAGAUGCACUUAAACCUCCAUGUAUGUUGAAUGUAACACACCUGUGUUCACUCACAGGUGUUCUUGGCUGAAACUCGGACGUGGAGGAGGAAAAUGUUGGCUGGGAAUCCUGUUGUUUAAAAUUGAAGUGUUACGAGUUUGAAUUGUUCAGUGCUGCUGAGACACAUGGAAAUCUCCAAAGCUGUAGUAGUGCAAUUUGCUGGAGUGGGUUAUGAUGACAAAAAAAAAAGAGAGCGUGUGGAGGAAAAAGCAAAGGGAUAAUAUGUGUGUAAAAGUUGCUUGUGUUUAAAAAUAAUUUCCAC